CACAUGUGCACGCUCCCGGGGGCGCGCAGCGAUCGGUGCCUCAUCAGUGCCACCUGUCAGUGUCCAUCAAUGCCACCUGUCAGUGCCCAUCAAUGCCACCUGUCAGUGCCCAUCAGAGCCACACCAAUGCCACAUAUCAGUGCCUACCAAUGCACAUCAAUGCCACAUAUCAGUGCCCAUCUGACCUGCCUUUCAGUGCCAAAUAUUAGCGCCACCUAUCAGUGCCAGUCAGUGCCACCUAUCAGCACUGCCAAUCAGUGCCGCCUAUCAGUGUCAGUCAGUGCCGCCUAACAGUGCCAGGCAGUGCCGCCUAACAGUGCCAGUCAGUGCUGCCUAUCAGUGCUGCUUAUCAGUGCCAUAUAUGAGCACUGCCUUUCAGUGCCCAUCAGUGAUGUCUGUCAAUGCACACCAGUGAUGUCUGUCAAUGCCCAUCAGUGCCACCUACCAGUGCCUCCUCAUCAGUGCCCAUCAGUGCCACCUAUCAGUGCUCAUCACUGCAGUCUCAAUACCGCACAUCAGUGAAGGAAAAAAAGUACUCAUUUACAAAUUUUUUAACAGAAACUAAGAAAAACACUUUUUCAAAGUUUUCAGUUGUUUUUGG